CUGCUACGGUCAGUGAGCGCGUCGCAAACGCGCCAAGCUCAUACCAAACCACAGCCACAAAGCUCAACUAUACAGCAGCAGGUUACGUAGACAGCAUAUCCGCCUUCUCCGCUAAAGAUUCUGACAGCGAUUUUUCUUUGACCUAGUUUCCUCCUCGCUUCUUGGUCUGUAUAUCAGCUGCAAAACUUCUUGGUUACAAUGUCAGAGCCAAGACCCGGGGGUUCUAAGCGACCAAGAGGCACAUAUUCCCGCUUGAUCUGCCUUGGUUGUCAUCAGGGAGAGCUCCGGACGGUUCAGACGCCUUGCUACCGAUGCAAGAGAUUGGGGGUUCCAUGUAUAGUCCGACAGACAAUCUUAGGUCGACCCGGCCCCGAAAGUAAUUCGACUACUGCUGCAGAUUUUCGGCCCGUGAGGACCGGCGACUUCGUUUCGCGCAUCAUCAUUGAGCUUCCUUCACGGGGGGGCGAGGCACAAGUAGUCAGCAACUGUGUCAUCCUGCGGACCAGGUUGCGCUCUUCCAACGAUCUGCCGCCGAGCCCGAGAGAUCCUGCGUGCUGGAAUGGGCAUGCACUGCUGAUUCACACACCCCAGUCUACUGAGACAGUCAUCAUCAUCCGUGCGGUCGAUACGCUUCGAUGCGAGAAGGUAGAAGAGGAAUGGUUCCGACAUCUGCCAGCCCACGUCGGGCACACACGGGCCCUGGAUCUGUCUAUUAAAGCCAUUGUCGCAGCUUGCUCCUACGCCCGAGGCGUACCAAAACUUACUUCUGGCGAUUGCUACCAAGCCCUAGUGCUCGCCCUCAAUGCUGUGCAAGCGAACAUCAAGCAGUCACAUGGAGAGCUAAACGAUGACAUUCUUGCGUCAACGGCGCUGCUGGCUCAUUUCGAGGGCGUUAUAAAGAAGCAUGGCAUUCCAACGCGUCCACAUGUCGAAGGGUUGGCGGCAAUCUUAGCAGCAAGACCUGCAACAUAUCCAGUCACGCAGCUUGCGAGAGAGAUCUUUGACUUCCACGCUUGCGAUUCUGCCAUCAUGGCGGGUAUCCAGGGUGCCCCCUCGCCCUUCGAGAGCAUUCCUCGAGCGUACUUUGCCAACAAUAGGAUAGGAUGUAGCGACAACGAUCGGGCCCAGCUCAAGGCAAUUGGGAGCGAGCUAUUCAUUCGCAUUCCGCGGCUCGUGGGGCUCGUUCGCUCUUUGCGACUCCAGCCGUCUCCGCAGAAUCAGCUGCUGUUAGAUACGCUUUGGCUUUCGAAGUCACUUCUCCAGCUAGAGGAUUCUCAAGCUGAGGAGAGACUAUUGCGGAACAUCAAACUUCAAACUUCAAGUAAUCCUGAUGCCACCUGGCCUCUCCGUCGGAGUCUGCAAUUUGCCUCUGUCGAUGAUUUCGAAGCACUUACAUAUUACUGGCAAAACCGCCUGUCUUUGCUCAGACUAGAACAUCGACUCUAUGACUUAUCCGUGUCAAUUGACGUACAAGCCGACGAUACAGGCGAACCAGGAGUUUCCUUCGGGCCAAGUUUUGGGCCAAGGGCCAAUGAGAUGUUCCGGCUUGUGAAGAACAUUCUGAUGUGUGCAGAAUAUGCCGGAACGCUACCACUUCGCAAGCAUGGCCGCCUGUUUGCUCACGCGAUGGUGGCCGUGUGGGGUGUAGCGAUGGACAUGCCGGUGGCCCUCAGCCAUAUUCAGGAUGGAGAAGGGACAGGUCCUUUCCCUCAUCUGUUGUUGCGAAGAGUAAACACUACGCUAGCAGCAAAGCCAGAUCUCACCGCUGAAGACAUGGACGCGGCGGCAGAUAUCUUUUUAUACUAUAAGUGUUUCUAA